AUGUCCGUGAAAUUCCAAGACAAGUUCCAGGAACAGGUCCAGGGCAUCCGGGGCCAGGUCCAGGAAAGGAUUCAAGGGCAAAUCCAAGGCCAGUUCCAGGAGGAGGCCUCAAAGUCGCUUCGCCAAGACACAAAGGAAUUGGUGCAUAAGGUCGGCGAACGCUUGACCGGUGGGAACCAACAGAAUGGCUAUUUGGCGAUGUACCUCCGUCAAUUGCAGAAGAACCCUCUACGCACAAAGAUGUUGACGUCGGGUGUGCUCUCGGCUGCUCAAGAAUACCUGGCGUCGUGGAUCGCGGGUGAUGUCAGUAAGCAUGGACACUACUUCAGCGCCCGCGUUCCCAAGAUGCUCCUCUACGGCAUGUUUGUCAGUGCCCCACUGGGCCACUUCCUCGUGGGCAUCCUCCAAAAGAUCUUCGCCGGCCGCACAAGCUUGAAGGCCAAGAUCCUGCAGAUCCUCGUCAGCAAUCUCAUCGUCUCCCCCAUCCAAAAUGUAGUAUAUCUAUCGUCGAUGGCUAUCAUUGCCGGCGCGCGCACCUUCCACCAGGUUCGCGCUACCGUUCGUGCUGGUUUCAUGCCUGUCAUGAAGGUCAGCUGGAUCAUCUCGCCUGUCGCACUUGCAAUCGCGCAGAAGUUCCUCCCUGAGCACACCUGGGUGCCGUUCUUCAACGUCGUUGGUUUCAUCAUUGGAACCUACGUUAACACUCACACCAAGAGGAAGCGUCUGGAAGCUCUGAGAAAGCGUUACGACCAGCGCCGCGGCCCAGGCAGUGAAUACGAGCCCAAGGAUUACCGUUAA